CCCAUGAACCCCGAAAAACCAAAAUAAACAGAGAAAGUGAGAGUGAGUUUACUCUCCCAAGGUUGCCUGCAGGCUUUUGCACUGCCACCAAAAGUUGUGGUUCUAAGUUUUUAAGUAAGGAAGAGAGAGAAAGACCAGAAGUAGCAUCAGCAGCAGCUCCGAAGCACCUACCUUGGAUUCUUUUGUUUUCCCUUCAUUGCUUCCUCUUCUUCUUCUCCAACACCAAGCUUUCUUCUCCCCUUUUAAUUAGUUUUUGUUGUUUAUCUUUUUUUUUCCCUUCUUUGAUGGGUUUGAGAGAGGAAGCUUCAGCUCAUUACAUUUUUGUUUAUAACCUCAAAAUGUUUUUACUAAAAUAAAAUAAUAUUAACCCACACCCAUCAUUGCCCUUUUGAAGCAAAGUCCACUCUUGUAAUCUUUCAUCCUCUUUCCUUCUCUAUCAUUUCCUUCUCUCUCUCUCUCCCUCUUUCUCUGUAGAACUGAUUUUUUUUUUUAGCACUUGAGCUAAGUGGUUUUUUUUUUUUAAAAAAAGGAUUUUCGUUUCUCCAUGGAUUCAUAUGAAGCUACAAGGAUAGUUUUUUCAAGGAUCCAAAACUUGGACCCUGAAAAUGCUUCAAAAAUCAUGGGUUAUCUCCUCAUUCAAGACCAUGGAGAGAAGGAAAUGAUACGUUUAGCCUUUGGACCAGAAGCUCUUAUCCACUCUCUAAUCCUGAAAGCCAAAACACACCUAGGAUUUUCCAUCUCAAGCCCACCAACUCCUUGCACUCCUUCUUCUUCUCCUUUUUCUUCCAGGCCAAGCGCCUUAUCCAUCCCUUCUUCUUCAAGACUUACCGCUACCAACAACACCAAUGGCUUUGAAAUUACGAACCCUUCUUCUCCAUCCACUAAUACUUGGCCUCCUCUUAGCCAUCGUCCCAUCAGUCCAAGCUCAAAUUCCUCUCUUUCUUAUGCCAGUAUUGUUAAUGGAACCAGUAACAUUGCAAAUGGCUCUGGAUCUUUACCCUCAAUGGCUUCAUGUGGAAAUACCUGCAAUGACAAUGAAUUCAUUGAUGACUACCACUUCCAGGACCAUCUUUCGUUUCUCAACGACUCAAAACCUGAAGAUUUGUUUGAUCCUCGGCUUGACUUAGCAAUGAGUCCAACUGGCUACACUGAUUCUCCUUUACAUAGGAGGAGUUUUUCGGUUCCUGGACUGUGUUUUGGGGCUGAAGAUGUGAAUUCUGGGGUUGGAUGGAAGCCUUGUUUGUACUUUGCUAGAGGGUUUUGUAAGAAUGGUACUAGCUGUAGGUUUCUUCAUGGAGAUUGUGCUGAUGUUGCUGCUAUUGUGGGUUCUCCAAGCAAGCUUAAUGAGUUGGAACAGUGCCAAGAGUUGCUUAGAUCAAAAGCUCUUCAACAACAGCAGCAGCAGCAGCAACAACAACACAAGCUAGCUGCAGGUUCGCAGUUCCUGGCUGGAGCUUCUUUUCCAUACAGCAAGUGUGUUAAUUUCCUUCUUCAACAACAAAAUGACACUCAUAGAUCAGCAGCGGCAGCAUUCAUGAUGGGAGAUGAGCUUCAUAAGUUUGGGCGGUGCCGUCCAGAAAGAAAUGAUUUUGCAGCAGUGGGGUUAGGAGGAUCAGUUAAUCCAGGCUCUAGACAGAUUUAUUUGACAUUUCCAGCUGACAGUACUUUUAAGGAAGAAGAUGUUUCAAAUUACUUCAGCAUCUACGGACCAGUGCAAGAUGUGAGGAUACCUUACCAGCAAAAGAGGAUGUUUGGGUUUGUUACAUUUGUGUAUCCAGAGACAGUGAAGCUCAUUUUGGCCAAAGGAAACCCUCAUUUUGUCUGCGAUUCUCGUGUGCUCGUCAAGCCUUACAAGGAGAAGGGGAAAGUCCAAGAAAAGAAGCAACAACAUCAGCAACAACAAUUGGAGAGAGGAGAGUAUUCCACAUGCUCAAGUCCGUCUGGGCUUGAUUCCAGGGAGCCAUUUGAUUUCCAUCUCGGAACAAGAAUGUUGUACAACAAUACUCAAGAGAUGCUGUUGAGAAGGAAAUUGGAAGAGCAGGCUGAUUUGCAGCAAGCCAUUGAGCUUCAAGGAAGAAGGUUAAUAAAUUUGCAGCUGCUGGACUUCAAGGAUCAUAAUCAUCCUCAGUACCAUCAUGGUCUGUCCACUGGCUCCCCUAUUCCUUCACCGACUGUAUCUCAUACUCCCAACAAUCAAGCACUCAUUUUUCCAGCUGAUGGCAUUGAUCAAGAAGACCCAGAAGAGAACGGUGGUAGCCCAGUCACAGUUAUUUCCAAAUUGGCUACUGCAAAUGCCGAUAAGCAGCUGGAGGAAGUGAAUCCAGGUUGUAAUCACAUCAAUGAGACUGGUAAUAGUAAUACUAAGGAGGAGAAGGCCAACACUGAAGAAAGUGAUCUCCCUGAAAGCUUGGAGCACAUUCUCCCUGAUAACCUGUUCGCUUCUCCUAAGAAAUCAGCUGGUGAUCACCUCACUGUCUUCUCUGCCAAUUCUGUAGAGGCUGACAACAAAACCACUAGUCCAACUACAUCUUGCUCUAACAGUAACCCUUCACUGGCCAACACCUCCAGCCUCAAUAUGGCUUCUCUAAAAUCUUGUUUUCUACAAAUGCCCAGGUAUUCUUCUGGGCAUGGAACCAUUGGCAUGUAGUUGGCAAAGGUGAGCAUGGCCAGCAAAGGGGGAAAUUGACUUUUCCAUGAAACAUUGGGAAGCAUAUUAUACAAGGAAGAUUAUAAGAAAAAAAAAUCCUCUAGCUGUAUAGCCAAAACCAUACCCACAACAAAGAAAAAGAUCUGUAGACAAGAUCUCAGCAAGAUCAUCAUCAUCAAUACAUACUACUUACAAUGAAUACAUAAUGUAUAGGUAAAGGACAGAGGAACUGAUUUAUGGGAGUGGGGUCUUUCUCUUUCCCUACUGUGACCCUUCCUGUAGGUGAGUGUGCUGGACCACACAGUAAUCGUAGAAGAAACAAAAGCUAGUAACUCUUUAAUGAUAUUGUAAUUUUACUAUUUCCCUUCUGUUUUUCUUUGCUACUCUUUUUACCCUCCUUUUUCUAAGUGAGGUGAAAAAAGGAACUACAAAUAAAUGAAAUCUGUAUGAAGGAUAUAGUUCCAUGUCA